GGGGAAUGGUUGUAGAUGCUAACACAAGUCGCCAACAAGAAAGGAGGCAGCGGCAGGCCGCUCCAGCUGAGAGCCUCGUCGAGAGCGAGGGAGGAUAUCUGGAUGGCAAUGGGUGACGCGAAGCCGUUGGUGCUAAUCCCGAUGCCCAGCUGCGACCGCGACCUGCUCGUGCCGACCGCCGCCGUCGCCACGUAUGCGUCCCCGUCCGCCCGCAGCGUCGCUGAUUCCGACGACGACGAGAGCAAGCCCUCCUCUGCCUCCGCUGCCGCGCAGACCGGCCGCGAGGCGUUCCAUAAGGUUGUGCAUAGCUGGGCGUCCAAGAAGUUCAUGACCGGAUGUGUCAUCCUCUUCCCAAUUGCAGUUACAUUCUAUGUGACAUGGUGGUUCUUUCGCUUUGUGGAUGGUUUUUUCUCCCCAAUAUAUGCUCACUUGGGAAUCAAAAUAUUUGGGCUUGGUUUUGUAACAUCAAUAUCUUUCAUUUUUGUGGUUGGUGUAUUCAUGUCAUCUUGGUUGGGGGCAUCUGUCCUUGGUCUCGGGGAGUGGUUCAUAAAACGAAUGCCAUUUGUUCGCCAUAUUUAUGAUGCAUCUAAGCAAAUCAGUGCCGCCAUUUCACCUGAUCAAAACAAGCAUGCAUUCAAGGAACUAGUUAUCAUUAGGCACCCAAGAAUUGGCGAAUAUGCAUUUGGAUUUAUCACUUCGGAAGUUCUACUUCAGGGUUAUUCUGGUGAAGAACAGAUGUACUGUGUUUAUGUUCCGACCAACCAUCUAUAUAUCGGCGACAUAUUUCUGGUCAGCUCAAGCGACGUGAUUAGGCCGAACAUGUCCGUUCGCGAAGGCAUCGAAAUUGUUGUCUCUGUGGGCACGUCGAUGCCUGGAGUAUUAUCCAUUCUGGAAACGGAGCCAAACCAGUUGGACAGGAUGAGAUCCACCCGAAGCUGAGAUGGCUUCACAUUUUGUGAUUUCGUGUUCCAGAGCCCUUGUUUAUAUGGAGUAAGUACAAGAGUAGGUUUGUACAGUUUUCCUGGGUGGAACGCGGAAUCUGUUUGUGGACACAUCUCACCCGAACGCUGAUUGCUUGUAUGGCAGUCAUCAGCUUCUUCAGAAAUGUAACUUAGCAGUUGAAGUGGA